AUGCCCACCCUCGACCCGAACCUCUACACCGUCGCGUGGAUCGCUCCACUCGAGAUCGAGGUACAGGCUGCCAGACAUAUGCUGGAUAAGGUGCAUUUGGGAGGAUUUCCUGUCGGCCCUGGCGAUGACUAUUUGUUCCACGCGGGUGAGAUCCACGGACAUAAUGUCGUGAUCGCCACGUUUGCUGCCGGCCAACGGUACGGCACAAACUCUGCAGCGUCUCUCGCAAGCCACAUCAAAAAGUUUUUUUCAAACCUAUGGUUUGGGUUUCUCGUAGGCGUUGCUGCGGGUCUCCCGAACCUCUCAUGCUCGCCCCCUUGCGACAUCCGAUUAGGCGAUGUUAUUGUGGCAUAUUCUCCUCCCAGCGGCGAUCCCCCAGCAAUUGUACCUUACGGACUGGGGAAACAAAAGGGAGGCGAUGACUUUGAGUUGCUGUGCAACGGACAUUCCUUACCUCAAACACAGCGCAUUGUGGGGUCCGCGAUCGGUAAACUCAAGGCGGAAAAGCGAGACACCCAGGCGAUAUUGGGCUACUACAGAAAUAUAACGGAUGCAGCCACGCAGUUUCCAGACCCGGGGCAGGAAAACGACUUUCUUUAUCUAUCUGAUGGUGAUCAACCAGUUCCACGACAACGCCGACCGGACGCUGAACGCACGCGUGUAUGGUACGGAUCGAUCGGGUCCGGCGAUAGGCUGCUGAAAAGUCACCAAGAUCGGGAUUCAAUAAGGGACAAGUACGGUGUAAUUGGCCUAGAAAUGGAAGCUGCGGGUGUCAUGAAUGAAAUCCCGGUGGGAAACAUUCGAGGGGUUUGCGAUUAUGGCGACGAGCGGAAGAAUAAAGACUGGCAGCCUUACGCAGCGGCGAUGGCAGCGGCGUUUGCAAAAGCAGUGUUGGCGGAAAUAAUUCAAAAGCCUGCCGCACCAUCUGCAGGCGUCAAAAUAGAUAAAGAUAAUUCCUGCCUGCGCGACUUGCUGGUCGCCGAUCCAGAAACUGAGCGACGACGUAUCGAGGCCACGAAGGGCGGUUUACUGGAUGAUUCAUUUCGAUGGGUCUUGGGUAAUGCUGAAUUCCAGAAAUGGCAUAGCAACUCUCAAAGCCAGUUACUUUGGAUCAAGGGCGAUCCUGGCAAGGGCAAGACCAUGCUAAUAAUUGGCAUAAUUAAUGAACUGUUACAACAAGUUCAGUCACACUCGUCACAAUCAAUUGCUUACUUCCUGUGCCAAGCAACUGAUCCCAAACUGAACAAUGCCACCAGUGUCCUCCGGGGUUUGAUCUACAUGCUGAUCCGACAACAGCCACAUUUAAUUUCUCACUUGCGAGAAAGAUAUGACACCGACCCAAAGCUGCUUGAAAGCGGGAAUGCAUUUUACAGCUUGUCUGUAAUAUUCGACAAAAUGGUUCAAAACUUAUCAAACGCCACGAUAUUUCUGCUGAUCGAUGCCCUUGAUGAGUGUGAGUCGGGUCUACCCGAAUUACUCCGAUUUAUUACCGCGACGAAGUCGACUUCAUCCGUUCAACUGAAGUGGGUUGUCUCGAGUCGUAAUAGAGACGAUAUCGAGCAAGCACUAGAGUUUGAUGAUAAGAAAGACAAGCUCAGCCUGGAGCUUAAUGCGCAUCAUAUCUCUGAUGCUGUUGCGGCAUAUAUUAAUUAUAGAGCCUCUCAGUUGACAGCACUUCAACGCAAUAAAGCCCUCUUAGAACAGGUCAAGGACCAACUUCUUCGAGGAUCAGAUGGCACAUUUUUAUGGGUGGCUUUAGUAGUUCAAGAAAUGCAGAAGUGUCGGCGUUCGGCAGAGAUGGCUGAGCUGUUGGAAAGAACUCCCCGAGGCUUGAUCCCACUCUAUGAUCGAAUGCUUCAACAGAUUCUUCGUUUUGAUAAUCUGAAUCGCGACUUGUGCAUAUUAGUCCUCUCGAUUGUGAUUCUUGCAUACCGACCGCUUCACCUGCGUGAACUGGGUUGCUUGGCGAGCUGGAAUGAGUGGCAAUACAGCUCUGACGAUUUGGAGAAUGUUGUGAGCAUGUGUGGAUCAUUCUUUACAAUUCGAAAUAAGCAUGUUUAUCUGGUACAUCAAUCUGCAAGAGACUAUCUCAGUGAUGACAAGGUAUCUGGUACAGUUUUCCCUUCAGGGCCCUUUGCAAUACACUACAGAAUAGCCCGUGAGUCUCUACGCAGCCUUUCGAUCAAACUACGACGCGAUAUUUACAAUCUCGGUGAUCCAACUAUUUCAGCGUCCGAGAUAGCAAGCCCCCCACCCGAUCGUGACCCUCUAAUCGACCUGCGAUAUAGUUGCACGUACUGGGUUGACCAUUUUAUGAACGACAUUUUAACAUCUAAUACUGGGUCUAUUUUAAAAAACUAUACGAUGGCUUCGGACUUCUUCAAGAAACAUCUACUUCACUGGCUCGAGAGUCUCAGCCUUAUUGGUGAGAUCCGAUAUGGGAUCUUAGCUCUCAAAAAGCUUGUCCGCCUACAGCAGAAGCAAGUUUCGGCUCAAAAUGGCCCGAAUGUUAGUAGACCGAAGAAGAUAUUAACAAAUCUUGUUACUCGGACAGGGCUAAGAUCGCUGGUCUCCGAACAAUCUACCGGUCAUAAGCAGCAUCAGUCAAUCUUCAAAGAGUUUGAGAGGUUUGCGACUAGCUAUGGGUUUAUCAUACAAGAGGCACCAUUACAAGCAUACAGCGCUGCACUUGUAUUCUGUCCUCAGGCUAGUGAAAGCAAGAAGCUUUAUUGGAGCGAAUGGCUGGACUUUCUAGAUCGUGCAUUUGUUAUGCCAGAGGAGUGGGAUCCAUGCGUGCAGGUACUAGAGGGCCAUAGCGAUUGGAUCAGCGCAGUCGCCUUCUCUCCAGACGGGCAGACGGUCGCGUCCGCUUCACGUGAUAAGACCGUGCGGCUCUGGGAUGCAGCCACCGGAGUUGAGCGUCGUACCCUACAGGGCCAUAGCUAUGCAGUCACCGCAGUCGCCUUCUCUCCAGACGGGCAGACGGUCGCGUCCGCUUCACGUGAUGAGACCGUGCGGCUCUGGGAUGCCGCUACCGGAGUCGAGCGUCGUACCCUGCAGGGCCAUAGCUAUGCAGUCAGCGCAGUCGCCUUCUCUCCAGACGGGCAGACGGUCGCGUCCGCUUCACGUGAUAAGACUGUGCGGCUCUGGGAUGCCGCCACCGGAGUCGAAAAUGAUAAACAUCAUCUUGAUGUAACACUAACUACCUUGUCAUUCUCGGACAAUGGCUGUCUCAAGUCUGACCGCGGUUUACUUUGUUUGAACCACCAAACUUCUGAUUUCAUUCAACAGCAAGAAAAUGAAAUAUUCGUAGGUGAGAAAUGGGUGAUUCACAACGGGCAGCGUUUGAUCUGGCUUCCUCCAGACUAUCGGGCGACAUGUGCGGCUAUCAAUAGGAACAAUGUGGUUCUUGGUCAUGGAUCAGGGCGCUUGACAUUUUUAUGGUUAACUUAG